CGCCUGUAUACAGUUUAUCCAAAAUCAACCAAACCUGUUAUCAAUCCUCUUAUCCUAUCGCUUCAUUCCCUUUCGUCUCUGUCGAGCUCUGUUGUAAUGGCGUCUUCAGCACUCUCCACAGUCACUGAACGCUCCUUCUCUUAUCCACCACGCGCCACCACCACUCUAUCACCCUUCUCCCCCAAACAAACCCUAGAAUUCCCCCUCCGAGCCCCCAAAUUCAGCCACCGGUCCACAUUCUUCCGCCCGGUCGCCGUCGUAGCCACCGAUGAGAAGGUUGUCCAGCUAGGCGAUGAAAUCUCAAACCUAACCCUAGCUCAGGCACAAUCACUGGUUGAGUACCUCCAAGACAAGCUCAGAGUCACCGCCGCGUCAUUCGCUCCUGCUGCCGUCGUGGCCGCACCUGGUGGCGCCGGAGCAGAGGCGGCGGAGGCUGUGGAGGAGAAGACGGAGUUUGAUGUUGUGAUUGAUGAUGUUCCGAGUAACGCGAGAAUUGCGACGAUUAAAGCGCAUUUUCAAAUGAUUAAAGCGCAUUUUCAAAUGAUUUAGUAUCAUCGUGGAUAAUAUCUUCUGAUGAAAUCUCCCCAUCUUUUAGAUAAGCUAGCGCACAUGCAAUCAUACUAGAUAAUUCAUUUCAUAAACUGAUACUAUAUGAUUGCUAGUAGCUAAUGGAAAAUGAAUCUUUGAACCCUGCUCCGUUAGAAUUGGUGGUGGUGGGUGCUGGAUGAUGUGUUGCAGAUGCAAACCCAUCGAUGG